CACCUACCCUUGGAACCUCCUUUAACACGAUAUUUACAACACCACACGCACGAUAGUUCGUUCCCGUUAGAGCCUCUCGCACUCUACCACAUCAUCCAGUGUCUCUUCACACAAUCAUAUUCUUCCCUUGCGUGUCACCUUGCAGUGGUACAUGGUCCGCGCAGGAAGUUGAUUAUUAGACCGUGACACCUUAAACACAGACGAACCUCAAUCUAAGACGAUUCCGCACCACCAACGCGGACUCCACAGAUAUAAUGACGGACUCUUUAGCAGCCAAGUUAAGGGCCUCAACCCUCAACGAUGUUACUCAGAACGAUGAUUGGAAGAAGAGCUUGAAUAUCCCUACCCGUGACAGCAGACAACAAACAGAGGACGUGACAAACACCAAGGGCUUGGAAUGGGAGGACUUCAAUCUUAAGCGAGACCUAUUAAUGGGUAUCUUCGAAGCUGGCUUUGAGAAACCGUCCCCAAUCCAAGAAGAGUCGAUACCGGUAGGCCUGACCGGACGAGACAUCCUAGCCCGAGCGAAGAAUGGUACUGGCAAGACAGCGGCUUUUGUCGUACCUGCUCUAGAACGAAUUAAUCCCAAGGUCAACAAGAUUCAAUGUUUAAUAUUGGUUCCAACAAGAGAAUUGGCUAUGCAAACAUCCCAGGUCUGCAAAACUCUCGGCAAACACCUCGGAGUCAACGUCAUGGUCACGACCGGAGGUACUACUCUUCGUGAUGAUAUUGUCCGUCUUCAGGACCCUGUCCACAUAGUAGUGGGCACUCCCGGUCGUAUCCUCGAUCUAGCUGGUAAGAACGUCGCCGAUCUCAGCGAAUGUCCCAUGUUCAUCAUGGAUGAAGCCGAUAAGUUACUCUCUAUCGAGUUCACCCCGGUCAUCGAACAACUACUCCAGUUCCACCCUAAGGAUCGCCAGAUCAUGCUUUUCUCGGCGACGUUCCCAUUGUCCGUCAAGGAUUUCUCGGAUAAGAACAUGGAAAGACCUUAUGAGAUCAACCUCAUGGACGAAUUAACGCUGCGUGGUAUCACUCAGUACUAUGCCUUUGUCGAAGAGAAGCAGAAGGUCCACUGCUUGAACACGCUCUUUUCUAAGUUGCAGAUCAACCAGUCCAUUAUCUUCUGCAACUCGACCAAUCGUGUGGAGUUGUUAGCUAAGAAGAUAACAGAGCUUGGCUAUUCAUGUUUCUACAGCCAUGCCAGGAUGGCACAGCACGCCCGUAACCGGGUUUUUCACGAUUUCCGCAACGGCGUCUGCCGUAAUCUUGUCUGUUCUGAUCUCUUGACUCGUGGUAUCGAUAUUCAGGCCGUGAACGUUGUCAUCAACUUCGACUUUCCGAAGAAUGCGGAAACCUAUCUGCAUCGUAUUGGUCGCUCCGGACGAUACGGCCAUCUUGGUCUAGCUAUUAACCUGAUCAACUGGGAUGACCGAUUCAACUUGUAUAACAUUGAGAAGGAUCUAGGCACCGAGAUCCAGCCGAUUCCUGCUACCAUCGACAAGAGCCUGUACGUUUACGACAACCCAGAGAGUAUCCCCCGACCGGUCAAUACGUACGCUGCUAGGUCGUUGAACUCGAGCUCUCAGUCACAGGCCAUCGAGCAAUCGAACAAUGCCUCGUCGUCUCAGGGGAGAGGACAGGGUAAUCAAGGCAACCGCGGUGGGCACUUUAAUGACUCGCAACCUCCCCAGUAUGGCCAGUCCAACCGUGGAGUGGGCCGUGGGGGUAACCGCGGCGGCAACCGAGGUCGAGGCCGCGGUUACAACAACUAUCGUGGUGGCGGCCGAGGCCAGGGUCAGCCGCCCCAGUAAGUCCGGAAUAUAUGCGGACGCAUUCAGACCUCGUGCCGGAACUCUGGCAUCAACAGGGGUCUCGUGGGCUUCGUCCCAUUUCCACUGUACAUAUUUCUUCUGGAUUCUUCUUGUGAUUUGUAACAUACCCUUUACGACUUCUGCGUUGGUUCCUUGAUUUCCAAAUCGUUUCUCGAUC